AUGAUGUUCAAUGAAAGCAACACAAAUAGCCGAGGGCUUGUGAACAAAUGGUGUAUGCCCAAAGGGGAUUAUAGUAGUAGUAGUAGUAGUGAUACCCCUGGGGGAUUAUACCAAUGGGGAAAGGAGGAAGAUGAAAGAGACAAUACAAACUUGAUGCAAAAUACGUUGUACCUAUUUAACCAUAUAAAAAAUGACAAAUAUAUUUUCUCCAAAAUAAUCGAAAAUGUAAUUACCUUUUUGAACAAAUUAAAAGAAGAAAACAAGUAUUAUGAAUUUCUUUUUUCCUACAGUACAUUUCUUAAAAAAUAUGGACCCCUAGCACAUUACACAUCUUUUAAAAAAGUUAUAGAAACGAUUAAUCAGCUGAAUAUUAUUGAAGUGUGUAUCUCCUUCAAUUUCAGUAAUGAUAGUAUAUUUCAGACUUUGUUGUCUUCCUACCUGGAGUUGAAUUUGAAUGAAGCGAACAACAUUUACAACAUCCUCCUCGAACUGACAAAUGUGGUGAUAGAUGGCUAUGCCAUUUGGGAAGAGCAAAAUACAGGGGACUCAAACUUUGUAGACAUUUUAAUUUCGCAAUGUGAAUUGAAAUAUAUUUCAAGGGAGGAAAUAAAUAAAUGGUUUAGCUAUGUUAAACAGAAUGAAGACAAUUACUCCCAUGUGCUUUUCUCCCUGAUCGACUUUUGUUUAAACUUAAUUAACCAUGUUCAUUGUUCUUUAGCGGAGGGCUCUGUUACGUCUGUUGCGUCUGUUACGCCUGUUACGUCUGUUGCGUCUGUUACGCCUGUUGAGUCUGUUGCGUAUGCGGAAUAUGUGAACGAGUUGGUCGUUCUGAGGAGGAGUCCUUCCCCCUGUAGUAGGGAGGCCCACCACAAUGAACACGCAGAGAGGCAAAGUGAAAAAUUGACAACCGAUGAACGUGAUGAAGAGGUACGAAGGGAAAACACGGAACUCAGUUUAUAUUCUCCAAAUGAUGUAACCUCCGAAAGUGAUAACAAAAAGGAGAGGGCAACCAAAUUAACAACUUAUGUGAAGGACACUCCUGGACAUAUAUACAUUUGCACGUUUGGAGAGAAUGUUGUGUGCAUGAAAAAUGGAGACAACCAGAAGGAACACAUCCAUGAUAUCACAAUGAAUAAGGAUAGGAACAAAUUUGUAUACGAAAUAAAAUCUCGGAACACCAAUUUGUAUAUAUUAAAAAUUCUUGUCUGCAUCAUUUUGAAGGCGUUGAAAGUAGCACACCACCUGAACCAAGACUUGCUCAAAAAUUUGUUCUCCUUUUUUAACAAAAUCCUACGUGACAUUAUAAAAUGCAUUUACGAGAAGAACGAUGUUCUCUUUCUUAACUUGUUCUUCACGGAUAUAUUAAAGACUAUACACGUUCUGAUCUCCUUCUAUAAUGAGAACAUCGAGCAGACACCCAAACGAACCAUGCUCUUUUACAAAUGUUUCAAUAAGGUUAUCGACCAGGUUUGUAUAUACCUGCAUAAUAAGACAUUUUUCAGAGACAUGUUCCUUGGCAGAGUUGAAGAAUCUACCCACCUGGGGAAGUCGCUCCAGAAAUAUGCACAUAAUUUUAAGGAAACCUGCUAUAUGUUGUUCUGCUUAUUCUAUGCCAUUUUGGAGAAACUCAAUCGUGUGAAUAAUGAAAUUUUUUUAUUUUUCUGCUGCGUGCUUGAUGCAGAGGAAGAAGGGGUUCUAGAACCCAGGAGAGUUAAUGAAUCAGCUAGCCAAUCCACAGAACCAUGUAUGGUAAAGUCGCUCUAUCGGACGCUCUGUUUGAACAGGAAGUUUUUGCAUAAGUGCAGGAAGGAUCUGGGAGGAAAGAGUAUCAAUCGAAUCAUUAACAUUUUUAUAUUUUUGGAGAAGAAAAUUAAUAAGUACUUUUUUUUUUUCAAGUACAUUUUUGGCUAUGUGUGGAAUAGGUUCUCCAAAGGCGCUCUCAAUAGUGAAGGACGGGCUAGCCGUGUUCACCCAUCUUCGAAGAGUGACUACCUUACGGCACGUCGUCGUUGGCCGCUGGGCAAACCACCGAACAAGCUGCAAACUGUGAUGAAGAGGAUAAAGUACGUUUUGUUAGACAUGUUUACCAAGUACACAAAAUUGCUCAUGGCUUAUAGAUUCCAUUUUCCCAGAUUCAAGCAUGCGGAAAAUGAAAAAGAACCUUUCAGGGAUGAGUUCCUUAUGUACAUGAAAUCCAUCGAAUGGGUGUUGUUUUCGAUUUUUGUUUAUUCCCCCAAUGGUGUGCUAACUAAAUUGAACGGGUAUGCAACGGAGAGCGGAAAACUGAUAAAAUUGGCCCAUGGGGGGAGGAGCCAAUUCUCGGCCUUCAAUCGGGACCUGUACUGCUUUAGCGACGGGAAAUACAGCGUGCCGAGCGAUUCAUCUAGUGGAACAUCUAAUGGUGCGUCGGGUGGUACAUCCAUUGGCAGGUCCAAUUGGGUGGAGAGAUACCCCUGCGUAGGGGACAGCCCUGAUAACAGUGAUAGUGAUUGUCACGGCAAGAAUUCCCAGAUGAUGAGCGAGUCGUAUCCGCCGAAUGACGAAUGGGGGGCACGCCCAUGCGACUUCAUCGUGCUGAAUGCCCUCUGCAUAAUUUACGCAAACAUAAUGGAGGAGUUGACUAGCCAUCGGUAUCGAUAUGUUUACUUUAAGCAGUGUCUGGUGCAUGCAGAAUUUAUGAAGAAGUUGCGGUUGGUACUGCUAGGAAUUGCAGGGAGCGGAUGGAAUGGCGGGAAUGCGGCCACCAGGGGGGAGGCGCAAGUUAGCAUAGACAUGGGGAUUGAUGGGGGGAGACACCACUUUGAGUACUACUUCGAUUUUCCAUACGAACUCCUAUGCGUGAUAAUCAUUCGCCAGUUAAAGUUUUUCUCAAAUGACACCCUGGUGUGUUACACAAUAUGUACAGCUAUGGUGGAGUUCCUUUUCUACAUCAGCUCAUCAAUGAACCCGUACUUUUUUACCAUGUCUAGAAGGUUGUGGACAAUACUUGGGCAUCAAAUAAACAAAAACGAAGAGACAAUGGCCCUGAAGAUGCUAACGAAGAUAUUCUUUCACAUCUUGUCGGGUAGGAGGAAAGAAGAUACCGUUCUCCGAAGCAGGAACGAACGGUUAUUUACACAAAGCAUUUUCAACAAUGACCAACAACACUUGUUACUCUCCUUUUUGAGAAAGCAAUUUUUUGUAAACGAUGUUGGAAAGAAUUAUAUAUUUUUUUAUGGGACACUCCUGAGGGGUAUACAAUCUGAGGAACUGGUUCUUGGGGUGAUGGAAUUUUUUUUUGGCUCGUUCCAUGUGCAUCUGCAGUACACUCUGAACGUGUUAGUGCGAUUUUUGAAUUUGUACGAACGUGGCGUGGAUGCGUCAGCGCGUGAAGCGAUGAGCGAUAAGAUGAGUGAAGCGACUGCUCAGGUGAACGAUGAGGCGACUGCUCAGGUGAAUUAUGAGGCGACUGCUCAGGUGAAUUAUGAGGCGACUGCUCAGGUGACAUCUCAGCUGAACGAUGAGGAGGCGAUUGGUCCAUCUGGCAAAGGAGAGGGGAGCUCUGCACUGGAGGUGCCUCUGAGUGUGAACAGGGAAGGCACGAGCGAACCGAUGGAGGAAGACAACAUUAUUUCGCUGUAUGUAUACUUUGAUCUGGUGAAUGUUUUUCCGGCCAACUUCCUAACUAUAAUAAGUGAUAUAAACCUGAUGCGGGAGAUACAGAAAACCAUCCUCUUCUUUACAUACGUGAACGAUGAGUACAAAUUACUGGAACAGAGAGAAGAAGAGCACAAACAUAUGCUCAUGGUGAAGAGGAUCAAGCGGACUGGCAUGCAGUACUAUCAUAGCAGCGCCAAGAUUUAUUUCCCCCUGGUCAUAUCUUCUCUCAUUUCUCAUUAUCUAAUUUUCAUCCUUAGAGAUGUUAAGUCAAGAAUUCCUUGUAGAAUUAUUUGCAAUUUCUACGAGAAUUUUUUCAGCAACCGAUAUUUGUAUACGUUGUGUAGUAACAACGUGUACAUGCGUGUGUUGAGCGACUCGUUCAUUAUUUUGCAGUAUCUUCGACAGGGCGGAGUGAAUGGGGAAAUUACAAGAGGUGAUGUGUUCAUGGACCACCCAUGGGGUGUUGUUAAGGGUACUGACGAGGACACGAACAAAAGUUCUGAAGUGGACAAACAUAAUCCGGAGAAAUACACAAAGGAGGAUCUCAGUAUAGGGGGGAAAGAUCGAAGCAGUGACAAAGCAGAAGGGGAGUGUUCCAACCAGAUGGAUACCCUGUCAUCGUGUUUGUUUCAGGUGUACAUACAUUUUCUGGAAGAAUAUGCCACCAUGUUUCAUGUAGCCAUCGUAACGUUGGUGAAGAAUAAAAUAAUGUGGUGUGGGGAGAGCGGGAGGGACCAAUCGAAAGGCUUCUUCACAACAACCAAGAUGAACGAGGGCAGUACUCUAAAACGGUUAAACGAUAUUAACACGCCUCGCAGGUUAAGCGAGGGUAGUAAUAUGAAACGGUUGUAUGAGCCCAUUGUACGGAGCGACUUCGCCGCGCUGGACGAGUCGACCUUCUGUCAGAAGAUGUAUUUCGAUUUGAACCAAGAGGGGAAGUACAGUUCGUCGUUUAGACAUUUGAUGCGUUCCGUCCUGGAUGUUUUUUUUUGUAAACCCGGCAUGGUAUUACCAGGAAGGGGGGAGAUGUUAGCAAAACAGGUAGUUGCCGUGGGGGAGGUACAUACGCAAGAUAAAGUACAUUUACUGCAGGCACGGAGAAAUAAAAUUUUAAUUACCUUUUUUAGAAACACCUUUUACGUACACAGCUGUGCAGGGGAUUACAUCAAGGAUAGUCUUUCCAGACUUGUGGGAGCACCCCCCUUCGGGAAGAACUGGGUGUGUUGUAAGGAGUUGGAGGAGUUGGCACGCUUGGUUUUUUGCGUAGUGGACUGUGUUGAUGUUUAA